GUUAGUUGCGCAGCGUUUGACCAUCUGAGCAACGUUCUGGAUGAUUUGUAAAGGUUUUAGUUAUACUUAUGGAUGUAUCUGGUCAAGAUACAAGCGAUCACUGUACUAAUUCAUCUGAAGGACCUGUAACCGUCGCACAAGCGAAAUAUGAUCCGUUUUUUACACGAAACCUAAGAGUUAUUGAGGAUUUAUUAAUUGAUGAGAAACGAUAUCACAGCACUCCUGGUUUCUGUGUUUCACAAUCUCCUGCAAGAACCACAUGGAUGAGACGAUCUCUUCUUAAUUGGCUUCGAGAUAUCUGUAUCCAUCGUGGGACUGAUGGUGAAGUUCUAGCACACACAGCACAGCUGAUUGACCGUUAUAUGCACAUAGUGCCAACUGAGCAAAAUGAGUAUCAACUUGUGGGUGCAACGUGCUUCUUCAUCUCUAGCAAACUGAAAGAAACUGUACCUAUAGCCUUAAGAAAAGUCACAGAAUACACAGCCAAUUCACUGACAGAACAGGAUGUCUUAGCCAAAGAACUUACAGUGUGUAUAUCACUCAUGUGGGACUUGACUUGCAUUACCCCGGUAGAUUUUGUCGCUCCUGUGGUUGAGUUCCUUGAGUUCGUACCUAGCUUGCGUCAAAUUAUUCGUCAGGCUGCACUUUGUAUAUAUAUUAAGGCUUUUCACGAUUCCUUUACUAUUUGAUAGGAUCUGGUUAUUUUGUGUGGAAUAUUACGUCACAUUUUUCACUUGUGCUAACACAAGCAGUUACUUCAAAACUUAAUUUGCAUUAUUUCUGUUCCAGCAGUAUUUAGCUAAAUGUAUUCGCAAGUGUUUGCUCAGUGCAGUUGUCUCUAAUAGCUGAGCAGUACAUUGUCUAAUUGCCUACAAUGAUGAAAUAUAAUAGUAUUUCCAAGUUUCACAUCCGAUGCUUCAAAUACCCUAGUCGGAUAUUAAUGUCUGAAUAUAAGUCGCUUGUCAUCUUGGCUUGACACAUUUUUACACCCUAGAUUUUUUUAACGAACCAAGGCUUUAUCCUAGAAAAACUGGUUAAUUGCGACUGUUCUGUCCAUAUGUAUUUGACGCCUAAUUGGGAAAUAUCUCGAAAUUAGCGUUGCAGAAAAGCUAUCAGCUUCGUUACUAGUAUAACUAAAACUAUCCGGUUUUCACCUGACGUGAUUUUCAACACUAAGCAGUUACUUUGGAUUGAGUCUAGCCUCAUAUUUAUGUAUGACACUAAGCUCAUAAAUAAAGUUCACAACACUAAGGCCUUAAAUUUUUCGUUGAUCAUGUUCUGUUAAUAUUGACUUUCAAACUAUAGGAGGUCUCGUAAGUUUUGCUGUAAACGUAUGAAACCUUACCCUGCUAGUUUCUCUAAGUGCCAUAACGAAACGCACUUAGGCGUUUUGCUGUCACACCACUGUUAGUGAUUGAUCACUAAUUAAAAAAAGCUGCUAUCCAAGAUUAAUUUACCCUAUCAUUUGAACACCUUACAGGUAGUUCAUGCUUCUUUCCCAGUGUCAGGUUAGUAAUUAUAAACUUGCAAUCAGUGUCUUGCCAUUCGUAAAAUUUUCCUAAUAUCUAUACCUCAGUGAAUCUUGACACCCAGUGUGUCGAAUCGUCUGAAGCAAACCGUACCCACUUGAUGUUGCAAUUUUAUCACAUUCAAACUAAUCCUUCAAGUAUUCACCGCUCAUGAUAAACACGCCAGAGGUAACGGAAUUAGCUGGGAAACCAAAAGCUUCAAGUGCGAGACCGUCGUAGUGCCAUCAAGUGCUAUUGUAACGUUGCAGUUAACGUGUUCUGCGAGUAGUAUCGAACAUGUUACCUCAGAAAAAAGAUGGGAUUGGAGAAUCAUUACAUCCCAUGUCGCUCCGGAUCAGUUCACAUGAUUUUGUAGAUUGUUUCUAGAUAUUCAUACUUAGACUAUUGAUCCCAUGUGACUUCUUUGCACUCUGAACUCAUUUUCGUACCUCGAGAUGUUCCAACGUGAGAGCACCAGGACGCCUUAUGGUCCUCUAGUCCCUUCACGAAGUUGAUUUUUGUAUCAUUUCUGUUAUCUACGUUCAAUUCAAUCCAGGGAUAGAUAUAAGCAAAUCAGUGCUAAUUAUGAUACAAGUAGUAGUUCCGGUUUUUCGGGAAAUUGUUUCAAGUCUUAUGCAGCUGAUGCACCCAUUUAUUUGUAGCUAUUUUAACUUCACUGAGGAAAUAUAUCUAUCUGUGCUCUGUUUAUAUAUAAAAAGCCAAAUAAUCAGAAAGAAAUUCAAUGGUAAUCUUCCGUCUGGCACUAGUUGGACUUAUUAGUAAAAUACGACAAACGUUGAUAAAUCAAGACAACCUUAAUAACACCAAAAUUUAGACGUAGUUGACUUUAUCAGGUUAUAAGCUGAGCACGAACGUACGCAAUAACCGUAAGCACUGAAAAGAAUAGCAUGAGUGGAAAAAAGCUGUUGUGAUGUGUAAUAGUAAGUAGUUUUCAGUUCCCAUGUUAUUUUUUGCAAAAUCUAUAUGUGACAAUUUAAACCGUCUGCAGUGACUCAAAUGUAGUAAAUUUUCACCACGUUUCAAACAUUGAUUUUCUAGUAUCCAUGCUUUUCAUCCUUGAGUCUUUAGUGUUCCCCAAUUAUAUUUCCUGUUUGACAUUAUUUUGACUUUUUCUCAUCAUAAGGCAAUGUGCAACAAUUCGAACCGAUGCACAUCUCAUAUUCGUUUUAUAUAUCAUGACUUAUCGCUGACACUACACAAUAUCAGUUCAUGAAAUCACUGGUCAUAUGGACGGUGAAAGACUUUCUUACUGGAUUUUGUUGGACCCCGGACAAUUGUUUGAAGAUCAUUGUCGGUGACAUACAUUCAUUCACUUUAUAAUCCUUUAGAUCACAAACCUGUUAAUUUUCUAAAUAUAAUAAGGCAUUUAGUGCUGCAUGGUUAUGCUUUACUAUCUCAUCGUUAUACUGGUUCAAUCUUGCGAUUUCUAGUUCUCUAUGCCUGCGCUACUCAAUGUAAUAACAUUGUGAACCGAUAUUGUUUCAUAUCAAAUAUGUUUUUAUCAACUAACUUAGCAUUCAAUCAUUCUCCACACAGUAACCUGGAUUAAAUCUAGUUGAUUGUUGUAUUUAAAAUCAGGUCGAAUUUUCAAUGUCAUCAGCACGUCUUAUUAGGAUUUCAAUGCAUUUACCCGAUGACUUGUUCCGAUAAGUCUUAUUGUCAGUAAUUUUUUUCUAUUUUUUAGUUGAAGAAAUUAGUACUUAUAUGCCCAGCUAUAUAGCAGCCGCAUGUAUUCUUUAUGCUUUGAAUCUAACUGUACAUCGGGAUUUAAGUGAUACUGCUAUCAGAUCAGUCACCCGUAUUCAGCGAAUUUUAAGGCUUGAAGCACGCAAAAUGCGUGAAGCAUAUCAGAUUCUUCAAGCUUGCUUUGAACCUGGAACUGUGCAACUAUCAAAUGCUGUGUUAGAAGGUGAUAUAGAGCCCCCUGAAAGUCCCGUUCGUGAAGUACCGGUUCAUCUUGUCCAUCAGUUACAUUCCUCUUCUACAACACCAGUCAACACGACUGUAUUACUUCCACUAGCGACUAGUAUGUAUAUCCACCCACAUCUUAACUCGUCUAAUCAGUCUUCACUAACUUCUGUUGAUAUUCCUUCUCUAUCUACCUCCAUGGUUUUUGUAAAUAAUAGCGUAAGCUUUGAUCGUAAUUGUAAACCUACAACGUCCGCUUCUCUUUCAGCUUGUUCUACUUCAUCCCCUCCUUCAGAAGCUGAAAAUAUGGGAUUAAGUGAGCUAGAAAAUGAACAUUCUCGAUGCGCUUAUAUUAAUCGAUCCCGGUUAUCUAUGCCGUUAAUUCAUUAUUCUCAUUCUACCCAGUUUUGUCAUCAUUCUAAUGUAUCAGCUACUGAUAAAUUAAGCGAACGCAAACUGAUCCCAUUAGUUUGGGAAAAUCCAGUUUCAAAUCGGACAAAUCAGUAUAAGUAAAAUCCAUACAUCCGUUAUUGCAUUUCAGUUCUUCUAAACAAUCAGUCAGUUGUAUUUAUUAAUUUCUUUACUUGUAUUUCUUUGUAUUUCAUUUUUAUGGGACAGUUGCUUGCUACUUUUGAUAACCUUUAAUCUAAAUCAGUUUUCCAAAUAUAUUCUCAUUUUCGCUUUACUUAAUUCCACAAACGCUGACACAAGCUGUCUACCCCAUAUGUGUUUCAUAUAAAAGCUCUUACUUUUGUACACAAUUAUGUUUUUAAUUGUGUUUGAGUGCACAUAUACUUGGUUAUGUUCAUCAGUUUACCAUUCCUUCACUAGUUAUGUGUUGGGUUUAAUUUUUUUCGCUUACCGCUCAAAAUUGUCGCAAUAGUUAAAAACUUUUUAUCCAUUCCCUUAGCAAACAGAAAACAAACCGAACAUUUCGAAAUAGAUCUAUAGUAAGC